AUGGCUGCCAUUUUGCCUUCUCUACAGCUUCACCAAAACCAGUAUCUCAAGCAUCUUCUCACUGAGCAGUAUGGCCCCGUCUUUACUGUGUGGAUGGGACCAAAACCUAUGGUUGUGUUCUGUGGCUAUGAGGUGGUGAAAGAUGCUCUGGUGGAUCACGCGGAAGAGUUUGGAGGGCAUCCUGACGUCCCCUUUGAUGAGAGAGUAACAGAGGGGCAAGAAAUUCUUAUCAAGAAUGAGGCCAAAUGGAGGGAGCUGCGCCGGUUCACCCUUUCUACCCUGAGGAACUUCGGGAUGGGAAAGACAGCCCUGUCUGAGACGGUGCAGGAGGAAGCUCUCUGCUUGGCAGAGGAAAUAAUAUUGAAUUUCACACUGUCUACAAUGGCUUCAAGAGGGAAGAAGGAUAAGGAAAAGAAAAGAGAAUCAACGAGAACUUCUAUAGAGCCUGUUGAGGGGGGUGCAGACAUGAAAAAAGUAUUAGAUGUAAUUGCUGCAUUAAGCCACCAGAUGGACCAAAGAGACAUAAAAAUGAAUGAAAAAAUAGAUAACUUAAAGAAGGAAUUGACUCAAGAAUUUAGAAAUGAGGUCCAGAAAGUGAAGGAUGUGAUUGAUAAUUUGUCAAUUGACCUAAAGUAUACUCAAGGACAGAUACAGUUGUUAGAAAUUAAGUUAGAAGCAGCCAUUAAAGAUAUUGAUCGAAAUUUGGAUGCUAUUGCAUUAGCAGAAAUGAGGGAGAAAGAAUUUAUAUUGAGGUUGAGGUCAGUAAUGGAAAAUCCCUGGGGAAGAUAUAUAAUAGAAUACCUCCCAGGACCACAUAAAACAGCUUUUGCUGAAUCAGAAAAAUUAUGCCCUUUCAUCAAGAAGAUGGUGAAGUCCCAUCAGCAGACACUGGAUCCUCAGGACCCCUGUGACUUUCUGGACUGCUUCUCAUCAAGUGAGAGAAGGAAAAGUACUAAACAGGCUCCUGAAAUGCAAGAUUGGGUGAGGAUGCCCUUUACCUAUGCAGGAAUCCAUGAGAUUCUACGGUAUGAGAAACUGAGCCCCGAGAACUUUCCACGUACAACAACUCAUUGUACAAAAAUUAAGGAGCACAACAUUCCCCAGGCUCCAACCGCAGAAUGCAAGUUCAUUGUGCUCUCUUGGGUUAUAGAGGUUUCCAGCGAUGGGUCAACUCUGUCUUCUUUCUCUCUUCUAGGGAAACGGGCUUGCCCAGGGGAACCCCUAGCUCGGGCAGAGCUCUCCCUGUUUCUUUCCACUCUGCUCCAGACAUUCACCUUCCAGCUGGUUGGGGAUACCAGCAAAGAGAUAGAU